CAGCCAGGGGUGAUCGCCAAGGGAAACCUGCGGGAGCUGCAGGCUACUGUUCACCCUUCCCAACCCACCAGCAGCAAGGAUCCCUCGCUCUCUCGGACUGCUCCAAGACUGCAGAGAGAGAGAGAGAGAGAGAGAGAGAGACUCCUGCGGGGGGGGGGGGGGCAUUAUUCAGAGCUCCGAGGGUCUACACCGCCGAAGUCAUAAAACCCAACUAAGGGUCAUACCGGAGAGUCCACGCGCCUCACAAGGAUAUUGAUCGCACUUCGUUGGGCUGCUGCAGGACAUAUUUGUUCUCGGAGCUGGUUAUUUCUUGGGAUCCGUCACCUCCUUCUAUAAAGGUUGCUCUUUCGAGGCGAGAUCUCUGCCAUGGAGUUAUCAGGUGGCCUCUUUCUCCUUCUGAUGCUUGGGGUCUGCGCGACAAACCGAAUUCCAGAGUCUGGUGAUGAUAACAGUGUGUUCGAUCUCUUUGAGUUGAUUGGCUUUGGCCGCAAGGGAGCGCGCAAGGCAGCAGGGGUGCAUCUGGUCAAGGGACCUGACACUUCCAGCCCUGCCUACCGCAUUGAGGAUGCCAACCGUAUCCCUGCUAUUCCUGACCACAAAUUCCAAGACAUUCUUUAUGCCAUCCAAGCUGAGAAGGGCUUCAUCCUGCUAGCUAACCUUCGCCCAAUGAAAAGGAGCCCUGGCACCCUGCUGGCUGUGGAGCGCAAGGACAACUCUGGCUACGCCUUUAAACUGGUGUUGAACGGCAAGGCAAAAACCUUGGACUUGAGUGUCUUUCCCAGGGAGGGCAAUCAGACUCUAGUUUCGGUGGAGGAUGUUGAGUUGCCCAUUGCACAAUGGAACAACAUCAUCCUUUUUGUCCAGGAGGAUCAGGCUCAACUGUACGUGGGGUGUGAGAAGAUGGUGAAUGUUGAGCUGGAAAUCCCUAUUCAAAACAUCUUCACCAGGGACCUGGCCAGCAGUGCCAGGCUCCGUAUUGCCAAAGGAGGAGUCAAUGACAACUUCCAGGGAAUUCUGCAGAAUGUGCGGUUCGUGUUUGGAACGACGCUGGAAGCCAUCCUGAGGAACAAAGGCUGUGAAAGCUCCACCAGAACAGUUAUUAAAUUGGACAAUCCCAUGAAUGGCUCUCGUCCAGCCAUCCGCACUAACUACAUUGGCCAUAAAACCAAGGACAUUCAGGCAAUCUGUGGAUUGUCCUGUGAUGAACUUAACAAUGUGUUCGUAGAACUGCAAAGUCUGCGUGCCCUGGUCACAACACUACAAGAUUCAGUCCACAAAGUGAACGGCGUUAUGGAAUUAGUUGGCAGUCUUCAGAUAAGCCCUGGAGCAUGCCUCCAUAAUACACAUGUGUACCAAAACACAGCCGAGUGGACCACUGACACCUGCACUACAUGUACUUGCCAGAAUUCUGUCGUUAUCUGCCGUAAAGUGUCUUGCCCUCUCAUGCCUUGUUCCAAUGCCACCGUUCCUGAUGGAGAAUGCUGCCCACGAUGCUGGCUCAGUGACUCUGCAGAAGACAUUUGGUCUCCUUGGUCUGAAUGGACUACCUGCUCUGCAACCUGUGGCAAUGGGAUUCAACAGAGAGGUCGCUCUUGUGACAGAAUCAGCCACCGUUGUGAAGGCUCCUCUGUGCAAACACGGAUCUGCAACAUGCAGGAAUGUGACAAGAGAUUCAAACAGGAUGGUGCCUGGAGCCAUUGGUCCCCCUGGUCUUCCUGCUCUGUUACUUGCGGUACUGGAGUGAUCACUAGAAUCCGUCUGUGCAACUCUCCACUUCCUCAGAUGGGUGGCAAAGACUGUGAAGGAGAAGCAAGAGAAAACAUUCCAUGCCAGAAAAGUCCUUGCCCAAUAAAUGGGAACUGGGGACCUUGGUCACCAUGGGACACCUGUGCUGUCACAUGUGGAGGAGGUGUACAGAAGCGUGGCCGUCUUUGCAACAAUCCUGAGCCCAAAUAUGGAGGGAAGGAUUGUAUUGGAGACACUUUGGACACCCAGAUCUGCAACAAGCAGGAUUGCCCAAUUGAUGGAUGCCUGUCUAACCCUUGCUUUGCGGGAACUACGUGUACUAGUUUUCCUGAUGGUUCCUGGAAAUGUGGUGCCUGCCCUGCUGGCUAUCAUGGAAAUGGGGUUAAAUGCAAAGAUAUUGAUGAGUGUCAAGAGGUCCCCGAUGCCUGUUUUGUCCUUGGAGGAGUGCACAGGUGUGAGAAUACUGAGCCUGGGUACCAUUGCCUGCCUUGCCCACCACGUUUUACUGGAAAACAGCCCUAUGGUCGAGGUGUGGAGAAUGCAAUAGCAAACAAACAGGUCUGCAAACCACGUAACCCAUGUGCUGAUGGAACUCAUGACUGCAAUAAGCACGCCAGGUGCAUUUACCUUGGCCAUUUCAGUGAUCCCAUGUAUCGCUGCGAAUGUAGACCAGGUUAUGCUGGUAAUGGUAUUAUCUGCGGAGAAGACACAGACUUAGACGGAUGGCCAAAUGUGAACCUUCCCUGUGUUGCUAAUGCUACAUACCACUGCACUAAGGAUAAUUGCCCCAACCUUCCCAAUUCUGGGCAGGAAGACUAUGAUAAGGAUGGAAUUGGUGAUGCCUGCGACAGUGAUGAUGAUAAUGACAAUAUUGUAGAUGACAGGGACAACUGUCCAUUCAUUUACAACCCACAACAAUACGACUAUGAUAGGGAUGAUGUUGGUGAUCGCUGUGAUAAUUGCCCCUACAAUCACAACCCUGAUCAGAUAGACACUGAUAACAAUGGAGAAGGAGAUGCCUGUGCUGUGGAUAUUGACGGAGAUGGCAUUCUUAAUGAAAGAGACAAUUGCCAAUAUGUGUACAAUGUGGAUCAGAAAGACACAGACUUGGAUGGUGUUGGAGAUCAGUGUGACAACUGCCCUAUGGAACACAAUCCAGAUCAGACGGAUUCUGACUCUGACCGCAUUGGUGACAAAUGUGAUAGCAACCAGGACAUUGAUGAAGAUGGCCAUCAAAAUAAUCUUGAUAACUGUCCCUACGUGCCCAAUGCUAAUCAAGCUGACCAUGACAAGGAUGGGAAAGGAGAUGCUUGUGACCAUGAUGAUGAUAAUGAUGGCAUCCCUGAUGACAAAGAUAAUUGUAGACUGGUUCCUAAUCCAGACCAACUUGAUUCUGAUGGUGAUGGGCGUGGAGAUGCAUGUAAAGAUGACUUUGACAAUGAUAAGAUAUUAGACAUUAAUGACAUCUGCCCUGAGAACAUUGACAUCAGUGAGACAGACUUCCGUAGAUUUCAGAUGGUUCCCUUGGAUCCUAAGGGAACAUCUCAGAUUGAUCCCAACUGGGUUGUUCGUCACCAAGGCAAAGAGUUGGUUCAGACUGUCAACUGUGAUCCUGGCCUUGCAGUUGGUUUUGAUGAAUUUAAUGCUGUUGAUUUCAGUGGUACAUUCUUCAUUAAUACAGAAAGGGAUGAUGACUAUGCUGGCUUUGUGUUUGGAUAUCAGUCCAGUAGCCGUUUUUAUGUAGUUAUGUGGAAGCAAAUCACUCAGUCUUACUGGGAUCCAGAGCCAACUAAAGCUCAGGGAUAUUCAGGUCUUUCUAUCAAAGUAGUGAAUUCCACCACGGGUCCUGGAAUACACCUUCGUAAUGCACUGUGGCACACUGGAAAUACUACUGGACAGGUGCGGACUCUGUGGCAUGACCCUCAUCACAAAGGCUGGAAAGAUUUCACUGCCUACAGAUGGCGUCUCAGUCACAGACCAAAGACUGGCUAUAUCAGAGUUGUAAUGUUUGAAGGAAAGAAGAUCAUGGCUGAUUCUGGACCAAUCUAUGACAAAACAUACGCUGGUGGUCGGUUAGGAUUAUUUGUCUUCUCUCAAGAAAUGGUGUUCUUCUCAGAUCUUAAAUAUGAGUGUAGAGAUCCAUGAUCACAAAGCAGUUCAUACAGAGAUUAUUUCAAAAUGCUGGUAUUGCACCUUCUGAAAUGUUUAAUUUCUACAAACCCUGGGACCAUUUUUUUUCCUCUUUCCUUUCUUCUGGCUUCAUCAAAUAGAGACUCAAAUACAUGACCUGCCUCAAGAGAAUGCUUUUGAGAGAGAAAAUACAGCAAAGUACACUUCCCAUCUGACCUCUGUUAGCAGAGAAGAAAAGAAAUGUCUUUUGUGAAUAAGAACAUUCCUUGCCUCAGGAGCAAAUAGUCACUUCUGUAAGAAAGGCGUUUGUGCACCUGGGCAAUUGUCACUGCUUUUCUUUAACUGGAGGUCCAUUGGAGUAGCACUUUUGUAAUAAGAACAUUUUUAUGACGUGUUGUGGACUACUUAAAAACUAACUAUACACAUCAACUUAUAGAAGAGGGACAGGAGAAAGACUAGCAGAACUUAGAGGCAACUGCAUCACUUUCUGAAAAGGGACUAUGCUCCCUGGGGUUUAUAUCCAAGUAAAUUGGAGGGACUGUUACAUACUGUCUAACAGCGUGAUCUUAUGCAUGUUUGCUCAGAUGCAAGUCCCAAUGAAUUCAAUAGGAUUUAUUCCACAUACGUGUGCAUAGGAUGACAGCCUUACUCUGUUUCAGUUAAUAGGGAACUACUUUGCUUCAGUACAUAGGAAAGCUAGCUGGCUAGUCCCAUACAGCAUUAACUAAAUUUCAAGAAUUCCAUUGUGGGGCAACAGGAACAAUUAUAUUGGCACACUGGAUUGCAUGAGCUUGGUAAGAAAAGAGAUUCAGAGGAACAGAGGAGAAGAGCAAGUUUACAUGUGCCGUCGUAUGAUAACUUGCAUCUACAGGUUGCAUUCCAGAGGUAGCUAGUGCAGAUGUAACAAGAACAUUAAGGUGCCAAGGAGCGUCUUCAUCUCCGUUCAGCACUUGUAUUGGCUUCAAAGAACUAUGUUUAUUUCUUUUGUUAUGGUUACGAAGGCACAAAAAGUGACAAACACAAUUAAAUACAAAAUGCUUUUCUACAAAAUGCCAUGGAGUUUUUGUUUGUUUAUUUGUUUUGGUAUUUUUUCUAGUUUUUAAAACAUUGACUUUUGUAGAAGAGGCUGUAGAUAAAAAAGAAAGAGUAAAAUAUUUAUUUUUUACCUAUCCUGUCUGUUAUGAAUAACGAAGGACUAUAGAUUGAAACAGAAACAAUGCGUCAAGACUAUCCACAUAAUCAUUUUGCUACAUGACUCCAUGACUGUAAGAUUGUAAAUACAGGUUAUUUAUUGUUCCGUAGUGAAUCUAGACAGUUGUGUAUGAAGAUGCUUUAGCUGCAGAGAUAAUGUUUCCCAUAAGCAAUGUGGGGUAUAAAAAAGGAAAGAAAAAAGGAAAGCAGUAGGGUGGGGCUAAAUUUACGUUUUGUUCUCAGUUUUCCUUUCUUCUUCUGUACAAGACAGCUGGCAAAGUACCCUAGAGGGCUACUUACUGCUGCAUUGCCAAACCACAAAAAUGUUUAAACGUUGACUGUCCUUGUCUCUCCUAUCUGCCAAGAGAGGAUGCAAGAGAGCUUUCGGUUAACAUUGGUCACAAUCCACUUUCAGUCUAAACUCUUAUUGGUUUCAACAGGCUUUGCACAAGAGACGUUCCCAGUGGAUUGUUGCCUUUAUCAUGUUUGUAAUACUGGUAUAUGAUUAUGGUACAUUUGUAUUAGUCAGUGUACCAGGCAAAGAAGAAAAUCCCAACCCUGAGGAGGCUGCAGACUAAAGGAAGACAUGGCAUACGCAUUGUCUGACUUCUACAGAUCACACGCCUCAGCUACCAAUGUGUGGUUGCAGAAGUAGAAGUGCCUCACGGGUAGGGUUUCAGGAGCAUUGUUUAAAGACUGCUCAGGGGCAGCAUAACUUUAUCUACAAGCUGCUUCCUACUAGGAAAAAAAGAAUGUCAAAGGUGAAACUUUUACGUACAAAUAUUACCUCAUUGUUGUUUGACUGAGAAAAGGAGAGAGAGAAAACCUUUGGAUCAAGCAGAUUUUAAAUAUCUAACAAAAUUUAAAGCUACUGUAGUAUUAAGGAGG